AUGGAAGCCUCAAUCAGAAGGCUGGGGCAGGUGACUGGCGUUAAUUGCAAACUUUAACAUUUGCUUCAGCAACCAGCUCAUUAAAAACAAACAAACUUCUCUGUAGCCUUUUUUUCUACCAAACCGCGAGAGGAAGCGAGAGAGACCGCAGCCGCUCUCCCCGGGGCCGUAAGUGCUUCCAGCUAUCUGACCGCGACCCUGCCUACUGCAGCCUCAACCUUUCCCCUGGUUCUGAGUUCUUUCAACAGUAGAUCCAGGAAAACAUCCAAGCCCCCGUGAGACGAGGAGUCCGCCAGGGAUAAGUAGGAGGGACAUCCCAGGGGCCCCGCAGGGUUUUAGGGUAGGGGUAAAUUGGAAAUUGCUCAUUGCCUUUCAGUUCCGGGACAAAAAGCGCGCUGGAAAGACACUGAGUCACCAACCGCCGCCGUCGGCCGGAAGCCACCGCCCUCGUGUCAGCUGCAAUCUCCAGCGCGGCGUAUCCCGUGAGCCCGCGGGCGCGCAGGGGACUACGACUCCCGGCAUGCUCCGCGGCCGCCAAAAUUAACCCUUCAGGGCCGGGAGCCGUGCUGUGCCCCGCCCCCGCCCCAACCCCAGACCCGGACCCCGCAGGAGAUGGGUGCCCCCAUCCGCACACUGUCCUUUGGCCACCGGACAUCAUGCCUCCCAAGAAGGAUGUUCCCGUGAAGAAACCAGCAGGGCCCUCCAUCUCCAAACCUGCUACUAAGCCAGCAGCAGCAGGGGCUCCUCCAGCCAAACCCAAAGCUGAGCCAGCUGUCCCCCAGGCCCCUCAGAAAACCCAGGAGCCUCCAGUCGAUCUCUCCAAAGUGGUGAUCGAGUUUAACAAGGACCAACUGGAGGAGUUCAAGGAGGCCUUUGAGCUGUUUGACCGAGUGGGGGAUGGCAAGAUCCUGUACAGCCAGUGUGGGGACGUGAUGAGGGCCCUGGGCCAGAACCCCACCAACGCUGAGGUGCUCAAGAUCCUGGGAAACCCCAAGAGUGAUGAGCUGAAGUCCCGGCGUGUGGACUUUGAGACUUUCCUGCCCAUGCUCCAGGCGGUGGCCAAGAACCGGGACCAAGGCACAUAUGAGGACUACUUGGAGGGGCUUCGUGUGUUUGACAAGGAGGGGAACGGCAAAGUCAUGGGAGCAGAGCUCAGACAUGUCCUCACCACCCUCGGAGAGAAGAUGACUGAGGAGGAGGUGGAGACUGUUCUGGCAGGACAUGAGGACAGCAACGGCUGCAUCAACUACGAGGCCUUCCUGAAACACAUCCUAAGCGUCUGAGUGCUGCAGAUCAGUGGGGCCCGAAUACUGGGCCCCGCAGGCAGAAGCACGUUCCAGCCACCAGGAGGCCACCUAUUGUUUCAAAAUAAAGACUCGGUUCCUCCCUUGGU